AUUCCCUCUGUCUACAUAUAAGCAUCUUCAUUACCACGGUUCUGAUCAGGCAUCAUGGCGACUUCUCCCGUCGCCGUCGUUUGCAUUGGCAUGGCUGGAUCCGGCAAAACUACCUUCAUGCAGCGCAUCAACAAUUACCUACAUGUCAACAAGAAGAAACCAUACGUACUCAACCUGGAUCCUGCUGUGAUCAAUGUUCCGUUCCAGCCCAACAUCGAUAUCCGCGAUAGUAUCAACUACAAAGAAGUCAUGAAGCAGUACAACCUUGGUCCCAACGGAGGCAUCCUGACAUCUCUGAAUCUCUUCGCAACCAAGAUCGAUCAAAUCAUAACUCUACUUGAAAAGCGAGCAAAUCCGCCGGCCGACAGUAAAGUACCACCACCGAAACAUUUCUUGGUGGAUACGCCGGGCCAAAUCGAGGUCUUCGUAUGGUCUGCUUCCGGCAGCAUUCUCCUCGAGUCGCUUGCAUCCUCCUUCCCAACUGUCAUUGCCUACAUCAUCGAUACACCGCGCACCUCAUCCACAUCCACAUUCAUGUCCAACAUGCUCUACGCGUGCUCGAUACUGUACAAGACAAAGCUUCCAAUGAUUCUGGUGUUCAACAAGACGGAUGUGCAGGAUGCAGAAUUCGCAAGAGAAUGGAUGACGGAUUUCGAUAAAUUCCAGGAAGCUCUCAAUGAAGAGCAGAACAAAGGUGUCUUUGGUGGUGAGGGUUUCGGUGGAGGGAGCGGCUACAUGGCCAGCCUUCUCAAUAGCAUGAGUCUUAUGCUGGAAGAGUUCUAUUCUCAUCUAAACAUGGUGGCGGUCUCGAGCAUGACCGGCGAGGGUGUCGACGAAUUCUUUGAGGCUGUCGAGGAGAAGCGCAAGGAAUUCGAACGGGACUAUCGGCCGGAGCUGGAGAGGAGAAGGAAGGAGCGCGACCAAGAGAGCGCCGCGAAACGAGAACACGACUUGACGAAAGUAAUGAAAGACAUGAAGAUGGACUCUGAACCAAAGGCAGGAGACCAAGCCACUUCAAAAGAUGAAUCUGAUAAUGAUGACGACGACGACGAGCUUGUUGAUGCAGACGAUUUCCCCGACGCAGAACGAGACGACGAUGAGGAAGGCUUGAAGCAACGAUACAAGAACGCCUUGCGUGAACAAGGCAUCCAAGUUGAUGAUGAUGAUCCAACAGUAGCACGAUUGCUGGCAGAGACACGGCGAGCGGGAUGAGUGGUAGAGAAAAACAGAGGAUGUUUAUGAAGAGUUUUCGCAUUAGCAUAAGAUACCCAGGCCCGGAGUUGGGAGAUAGGAAAUUGAUUUUGUUCAUGCCACUGAA